AUGUGCACGGGGGCCUGUUCCCGCGUGCUGGGGGCUGCCCUCUGGCCUUUCGCUCUCCUGUGCAUUGUCUGCAACAUCGUCCUUGCCUUCCCGGACUGGAAGACCCAGUAUGUCCACCACUGGGGGGAGUACCUGACCCCUGAAAUCCUCUACCUGGGCGGGAUCAUCGGAGGGGGCAUCAUGGUAAGGUUCCACGGCAAGAGGGAGCCGCUCUUAGGAAUCCUGUACGGUCUUUGCAACAGAAGGAAUAAUCUGGCAGAGGAUAUUGGGGGGGGGGCGGCUGUGCCAAAACCCGACUCUUUCUCUCCUACUCCCCCCCCUUCAACUCCCUCUGGGACACUAGCAGGAUGAACGGCCCUUAAGGGAAGGAUCCUGCGCAGUUUCGCCUCCGAAGGUGUUUUCAUUUUGCUCGCAAGCUGCCUUGAGAGGUUUUGAGAAUCGUGGCAUGAGGGACCCAAAGGUCAUCCAGUCCAACCCCGGGCAAGGCAGGGGUUGCGGCUACCACAUCUCGGUGGAGAAUUGCCUUUAGUGGGUUUGGCGACCACCUCAUGACUGUGUGUGUGUAUGUGUGUGAUAAGUAGAGUAAAGCUGGGAAACAGAUUAAGAAUUCCCCUUGUGGUGGGUGGGUGAGGACUAAGGGAGCGGGCCUGAUCUGUCUCCCGCAGGAAUGGGACCUGAAUGCCAGGCUGGCUGCCCUGCUUCAGAAUGGGGGGAGGAUGUUGUGGUUAUGGGGAAGCAGGAGACUGGGGGGAGGGGGUUGUAUCUAUGUGUUUCGGGGGGGACAUUUUGAUCACGUUUCUUGAGCUGACGGGUCUUCUCCCCUCCCCAGGUGAUGGUUCCAGCCGUCCACAUCCAGGCCACCGGGCGCAAAGGCUGCUGUGGGAACCGCUGCGGGGUGAGAUGUGGGGCAGAAACUUCUGCUUUUCCCCACCCCCUUGUUUGUUUGCACAUGCCAGCGUGGAGCAGGGGCGGGCAAAGUGCCACAAACUCCCAGGCAAAACCUCAUAAAACUGUAGAGCGGGAAGGAACCCACGGGUCGUCCAGUCCAGGCCCCCUGCAGCACCGUGAAACGUCCCCUUUCUCCAUUCUCACCUCGGCACCCUCCCCAUUCUGCGCUCUCAUGCUGUUAUUUCAAAGCCCCCUCCCCAAAUAAAUAUAUAUAUAUUACUGCAUGCCACCCCAGUCUCCGAGCAGCGCGAGAUUCCAGGCGCUUCCGUCCGUGUUUCCUUUUGGGAAUGAGGCACAUCUGACACUAUGGCGGUCAUUUCUUCUCUGUUCAUUGCUAUGGACUCGGCUGCCCGUCUCCAGGCACCAAGAUCUCCUGCAAGGGAUUCCCACACGGUGGGGCUGAUGUUGCCAGUCUUCAUGUCACGUUUGCAGACAGCUUUGUAGUGCAGAGUUGGUCUGCCAAGGGGCUUCGUACCAGAAAGCAGCUCCCCGUAGAGAAUAUCUUUGCGGGAUCCUGCCCUCUUCCAUGGAUAUGGCCAAGCCAGUGUCCGUGAGACAGGAGUGCGAACAUGCUGGGAACGCUUGCUAAAUCCUAGCCCCUACUGGAACCAGGAAUUUAGGGGGUGAAACUCAUAACAAUAUUAGCCCUAUACGGCCCAGGACCCUCGUACCUACGGGACCGCCUCUCCUGGUCUGCCCCAUGGAGGACCUUACUGUCCUCAAAUAAAAACACCUUGGGGGUCCCGGGCCACAGGGAGGUCAGGCUGGCCUCGACCAGAGCCAGGGCUUUUUCGGCCGUGGCCCCGAUCUGGUGGAACGCUCUGUCACAAGAGACUAGGGUCUUGUGGGACUUGACAUCUUUCCACAAGGCCUGCAAGACAGAGCAGUUCCACCAGGCCUUUGGCCGAGGCACAGUCUGACUCCCUCCCUCGGCAAUCUUCGCGGAGCUCUAGCCCAAUGGUUGCCAUUAAUUUGAUUUUGAAUUGAUUUUAAAUGAAUUGAUUUUAGAAUGCAUUUCAAUUGAUCGAUUGUGGUUUUAUGUGAACUGUGUUGCUUUUAUUGUUGUUGGCUGCUCUGAGCCCGGCUUUGGCUGGGGAGGGCGGGAUAUAAAUAGAAUUAUUUUAUUAUUCUUCAAUAUCAGGGGGAACUGGUGCUCCACCCAGAACCAAGUCCCACCUUCAGGGCUCUAGUUUCCCUGGGCUGGCCACUAACCCCCGCCCCACAUUUCCUCCCCAGAUGUGCCUCUCAAUCAUCUUUGCAGCUGUGGGGGCCUUGGGAGGCAUUUACGCCGUCGCCACCUCCUCUCUGGGCCUUGUUCACGGGCCCGUGUGUCAGUACCCCCUGGCCAACGGGACGCUGGAGUGGGGCCGCCCCUUUGAGAGCAGCUUGGAGGACUUCAGGUGAGUCAGGGGUCUGGAGGGUGUUGUGGGGAGCAGCUUCAGCUAGCUUCAGUUUUGGCACAUGGGAGACCCUUCAGAGCAGGCACGGCGGUGUUUCUGAUUUAUUUUAAAGGAGACAUUACUCGCGCCGGGCGUCUCAAGUGGCAGGGAGUUCCAGGGGCUGUGCAAACCAGGCUCCCUUUGAAGGAAAGAGCUCUGGAGGCACAAAGCCAUUUUUUGUUGGCAUUUGAUUUAUGUACAGCGUCGCUGGAGGCAAAGAGAGGCUGCCCCUUCAAGAUCAGCUUUGCUGACUUAAAGCUCUUUUUGUCUCUUCCUAACCCAGGGACGCGGGUGGCGCUGUGGGUUAAACCACAGAGCCUAGGACUUGCCGAUCAGAAGGUCGGCGGUUUGAAUCCCUGCGACGGGGUGAGCUCCCGUUGCUCAGUCCCUGCUCCUGCCAACCUAGCAGUUCCAAAGCACGUCCAAGUGCAAGUAGAUAAAUAGGUACCGCUCUGGCGGGAAGGUAAACGGCCUUUCCAUGCGCUGCUCUGGUUUGCCAGAAGCGGCUUAGUCCUGCUGGCCACAUGACCCGGAAGCUGUACACCGGCUCCCUCGGCCAGUAAAGCGAGAUGAGUGCUGCAACCCCAGAGUCGGUCAUGACUGGAUCUAAUGGUCAGGGCUCCCUUUACCUUUAACCCGGGGUGGAGCCCUGCCAUGGCCCUCCUUGUUUUCUCCCAUCCUAAGUCUGGGUCCCACCUGGUCAGCAUCCCGUUUGUUCUCGCAGGUGAUCCGCAAUCAGGAUUCGAACACAAGACCAACUCUUCCCCUCCUGCGGUUUCCAGAAGCUUAACCCCCUAGGGGCUAGCAGCCCUCCAUAGCCCUUUCCUCCUCCCUGAAUCUUUCUCACCGUCCAGUUUGGGGGCCCUCACUGCCCUCAUUCAGGGGGGAAGAAAGGGGUCCGGGGCUUGUGCGAGGGAGACAGUUGUGAGCGUGACGAGGCUGCCCAUCUCUUCUCCGCCCCCUUCUCUUCCAGCGAGAAAAACUACCUCUUUGACACGAGCUUGUGGGACGUCUGCCGGGACCCCCCCGGCGUCACCCGCUUCAACGUCAUCCUCUUCUCCAUCAUCCUGGCCUCCGGCCUGGUGGAGUUCUGCCUCUGCGCCCUCCAGAUCUUCAACGGUCUCUUUGGCUGCGUUUGCGGAACCUGCAACGAGGAGGAAAAGGUGGGUUCGCUGGAGCCCCCCAAAAGGCAGCUGCCUCCCUAGCCCAACCUGGGGGGGGGAGCCCAGUCGCAAGCAGCCCUGCGGAGGAAGCCCCGCUGAGCUCCUGGAACCACACAACUGUCGAGCUGACGGGGAACUCAAAGGUCCUCUAGCCCAACCCCCCGUUAUGGAGGGGGGGUAGUUAUCGGUCUGUACUUGUUCUUCUUUCUGGUAUUUUGUGCUUGUGUCUUUAUGUCGUCAGCCGCAACCCUGAGAUCUGCAGGUGAAGGGUGGUAUGCAAAGUUAGUUAAUUAAUAUCCAGCUAAUAAUAAAACAAUUACCGUACUUUUCCGUGUGUAAGACCAGGGUUUUUUUUAUUUAAAAAUUACGUUCAAAAUUGUGGGUCAUCUUAUACAUGGAUACAAUCUUCCCCCCGUUUUCUCUAUUUGGAGUCCCCAAAAAUAGGGAGCGUCUUAUACAUGGGGGCGUGUUACACAUGGAAAAAUACGGUAUAUUAUUAUUAUUUACUCAGUGGGAUUGCGGCUCCCUGUGAGCAGAGGCCUUGCAGGAAGGCGGACGGGGGGAGACGCAGGAGGAGCUCCUGCAGCCCCCCUUUCUCUGGAGGAGGAGGCAGCAAUGGGGCAUGUCUGGGGCAGACCCCCUCUUUUCUGGGGGCCUCCUGGGUGCCCUCCUUGCUUCCAACUCCUGCUGCUGCUGCUGCCCUAACCAACGUGUCCCAGUGACGAGAUGGAGAGCUUAAAGUGAGGGCGGGGCGGAGUCCGCAAUUCCUGCCUUUCAGCGGGUUGGGCUAGAUGACCUUUGGGGUCCCCGCCAACUCCACAAGAUCCGUAGCUGUGCCUUGGCCCCCAUUGGCCAGCUAGAGAGGGGUGCCCCUGUGGUCCUUCAAAGGGACGGUGCCGCUGAGCUGGACUGGGCCCAGUUUGCAAAGCCAGCAUUGGCAAGGGAAGCCUGGGGCCUGCCCCGCUCCCCACAGAAAGCCGCUUCCUCCGCCCCACAUUCACGCUCUGCCUUGUUUUUGUCUUUCCAGGAAACCUACCACUGA